UUGACGCAGUCAAUCACACAUGCCUGUGGCACCCUGCGACCAAUUCUCCGCGUUGGUCUAAUAGGAUGCGGAGAAAUAGCGCAAGUGGCUCACAUUCCCAACCUCAACCACAUGUCGGAUAAAUUUGUCACCACCUACCUCUGUGACGUCUCUCAGCAGGCCCUCUUGCACUGCGCCGCCAAAGUAUCUCAAGGGCCACCUAAGACGACAAGGGAUGCUGAAGUACUUUGCUCCUCCGAUGAGGUUGAUGUCGUUGUCAUUGCUAGCGCAGACGCCUUCCACGUCCCUCACGCAAUCCUUGCUUUGAAGUACGACAAGUACUGCCUGCUUGAGAAGCCCGCAGCUCUAAACUAUCGAGAUAUCGAUGCGCUUAUCAAGGCUGAAUCAUCUUCCAAGGGUAAAGUCUUCGUGGGUUAUAUGCGAAGAUACUCCUUGGCUUUUUUGGAAGCUGUCAAAGAAGUGAAAGAAAUGCAAGAUAUACGAUAUGCUCGAGUCCGCGACAUUAUCGGUCCUAACUCUGACUUUGUGGAUCAAUCUGGUACCUUCCCUCGAAGAUUUGAUGAUAUUUCCAUGGAGGAUAUCAACGACCUAAAUGAGCGAAAAGAGGAUAUAAUUGACCAAGCUUUGACGAAGGAGUUUGGCGUGGAUGCAACACCAUUUUCCAAGUUGAUUUUGAUACUGCUAGGCGGUCUAGGAAGCCAUGAUCUUUCCGCAAUGCGUGAAUUACUCGGGAUGCCCAAGAGCUGUCUGGCUGCCUCAUUCGCACCGCCAGGCAUCUGGACCGCACUAUUUCAGUACGACGGGUUUCCUGUUAUAUAUGAAUCUGGAUUCAAUAGCAUACCCACCUUCGACUGCUGCAUCGAAGUUUUGUCCGAUGACAAGACAGUUCGAAUCAACUACGAAACUCCGUAUAUAAAGGGCUUACCAAUCACAUUGACCAUCCGCGAGAGGGUUGAAGGCAGCUUCGGUUCGAGUGGCUUUCAGGAGCGAGUGAUUCGACCCACGUACGAGGAUGCGUACAAUUUGGAAUUUGACGCAUUCUAUGAAUGUGUUCUGAGUAGAGAAAUCCCUAAGACAACAGUUGCGGAUGCUAGGAGCGAUAUAGACUUAUAUGCUAUGAUCUUCAAGGCUAGCCAUGCGAAGGCCACCUGUUAG